UCACAAGCUUCCCAGGCAGCAAACUAGCGCGCAGCAGCCCUGCCCAGCCUCCGGCGUCAGCGCAUGGAGCGCCCCAGCUCUCCGGGCAAGUUUCCUGGGAGUGUCCCUUCUCCACGGACACUGUGAAGUCUCUAGCUCUACAGAUGUUUCCCUCGCAGCUCUGAAGUCGAAGUACUGUGCCGGCUGCAGCGCAGAGUCCAGGGCUGGGGCGUUGUGGCUGGGGGCAGCCCCUCCAGGCAAAUGCCAAGAUCAGCAUGAGAGGCUGGACUUUAGCCCAGGUCUGUCCUCACCCCGGGGGGCCGCCUGCUUUGCACGCUGCAUCCUAGAGGACCUGCUCACUUUCCCCCCUUGCAAGUCUUUGUUCCAAGGCAGACGUGGCUCGGAUUCUCUAAUUAACUCCCUCCACUCCAAAAGGGGUCCGGAGGCUGGGAUGCUCUGCGAGCUUAGAGGAUGUUGACUCUCGAGUGGGAGUCGGAAGGACUGCAAACAGUGGGUAUUGUUGUGAUUAUAUGUGCAUCUCUGAAGCUGCUUCAUUUGCUGGGACUGAUUGAUUUUUCGGAAGACAGCGUGGAAGAUGAGCUGGAGAUGGCCACCGUCAGGCAUCGGCCUGAGGCCCUUGAGCUGCUGGAAGCCCAGAGCAAAUUCACCAAGAAAGAGCUUCAGAUUCUCUACCGAGGAUUUAAGAAUGAAUGUCCCAGUGGUGUUGUUAAUGAAGAAACCUUCAAAGAGAUUUACUCGCAGUUCUUUCCACAGGGAGACUCUACAACGUAUGCACAUUUUCUGUUCAAUGCAUUCGAUACAGACCACAAUGGAGCUGUGAGUUUUGAGGAUUUUAUCAAGGGUCUUUCCAUUUUGCUUCGGGGGACAGUACAAGAAAAACUCAACUGGGCAUUUAACUUGUAUGACAUAAAUAAAGAUGGCUACAUCACAAAAGAAGAAAUGCUGGACAUAAUGAAAGCAAUAUAUGAUAUGAUGGGCAAAUGCACAUACCCUGUCCUCAAAGAAGAUGCUCCCAGACAACACGUUGAGACAUUUUUCCAGAAAAUGGACAAAAAUAAAGAUGGGGUUGUUACCAUAGACGAGUUCAUUGAAAGUUGCCAAAAAGACGAAAACAUCAUGCGCUCCAUGCAGCUCUUUGAAAAUGUGAUAUAACUUGUCAAAUAGAUCCUCGAUCAACAGACAAAUGUGAACUACUCUACCAUAUUAAAGUUGGAGCUACCACUUUUAGCAUAGAUUGCUCAGCUUGGUACUGAGGCAUAUUAUGCAAACAAGCUUUGUUUUAAUAUAAAACCAUCCCCAAAAGAUUUAAGUUUUCCAGUUAUAAUUUGCAUCCUUUUCAUAAUGACACUGAGUUCAUGAGAUGUUCUAACUCAUUUCACAUUCUGUGAAUAUGCAAAAAUAAUAGAAUAUGGCAUAUAGUUUUUUGAUUCUUUAGUCAUGGGAUUAUUGAGGCUUUCACGUAUUAGUGAUUUCAAAAUAUCAGUGUUUUUUGCUAUUCAUAGUACUAGGAUUUUAAAUCGUUUUCUAAAAUACUUACAUCUGUAUUAUUUCCAGAAAUUAAUUUCAUUUCCUUAUAUUUAUAAAACAUUAACAAAAUAAGAUUACUACAGUUAAAAUCCAAAAAUACUUAAUUUCAAUUUCUAUAGAUUUCCCACCUUCUGUUAAAGAUAUUAAUUUAUCUGGCAUUUUUUAUAACAAAUUAGUUUAUUACUGGAUGUCAGUGUAUGCCCAAUAAAAUUUAUUUUAAUAAGCAUUUUUUCCAUAUAACAUAUUAUAGCAAAGGCCUAAAUACUACGUAAGAUGCUGGAUCUGUUUAAUCUUACAGGUGGAUUGUAUCUAGUACGCCAUUACGUGGAAGUCCAAAGCAAGGAUGUUUACAGACACAGACCAAGGGUCAGGGUAUCUGUCCUCUCAUCCACAGCAAUGCUUAACAGAAAGUUAUCCUUGACAGUAUUAAAGACCACUCCAUCGCCUUUGCCCUGACUUCCCCAUAGCAUGUUUAUAGUACCAGCCGUUUGGGGUCAAAGAAAUCUUGAUCACCCCAGAGCCUACUAGGAACAAAUAGCAAGCAGAAUCCAUUUUGAAAACAGGAGUGAUUCUAUCAUACUGACAAUCACUACCAAGAUUUCACAGAAAAAGAAUAUACUCAACAACUCAUCUGGACUGCAUUAUAAUUUAGCUCAACAUAGAACUCCAACAAUUCAGAUUCUCCUUAAGUGAAAACUGUAAAGUUGCCACAACAGUUCCACAGAUACACACAUCUUCCUUGUUUGGUAGAAAUAUCAAAGACCAAGAGGCUGCAGGAGGAUGAAAUCUGCAAUUGUUUUUGCAACAAUAAAUCAGGUAUCUAUUCUGGUGUAGAGAUAGGAUGUCGAAUGCUGCCCUGCUACCACCAGUGUAGAAAUUAAGAGUAGUACAAUACAUGUACACUGAAACCUGCCAUCGCGUGUUUGUGUAAACUCAAUGUGCACAUUUUGUAUUUCAAAAAGAAAAAUAAAAGCAAAAUAAAGUGUUUAUAACUCUA